GUCCGUCACAGUUGUGAAGCACAUGGGGGUUGAGUAAAGAGGAAGCCACGUUGACACAGAAAGUGGUAGGUUACCGGUGUUCUGUGUUUUUCUCAAGCUGGGACAGAACCGUCGCGUCGUCAACUUACACCUGUAAACUAAGGAACCUCAGUUGGAAGAUUUAGAGAAAGCAUUCUUACAGGUCAAGACGCCACAUCAUCUGACAGGAUGAGUGUUGGAUUCAUUGGAGCGGGCCAGCUGGCUCACGCACUGGUGAAAGGCUUCACAGCUGCAGGUGUGAUUGCUACACACAGGAUAACAGCCAGCUCCCCAGACUCAGAUUUGCCCACUGUGUCGGGGCUGAGGAAAAUGGGGGUGAACCUGACGACUAGCAACAAAGAAACCGUCAGUAAGAGUGAUGUCCUCUUCCUGGCUGUGAAACCCCACAUCAUCCCCUUUGUUCUAGAUGAGAUUGGGCCAGAUAUUGAGGACCGUCAUCUCAUAGUCUCCUGUGCGGCAGGCGUCACCAUCAGCUCUAUAGAGAAGAAGCUGCUUCAAUACCGUCAAGCUCCUAAAGUCAUGAGGUGUAUGACUAAUACUCCAGUGGUGGUGAGAGAGGGAGCUACAGUGUACGCCACUGGGACACAUGCAGAGGUGGAGGACGGAAAGUUACUGGAGCAGCUGAUGGCUAGUGUGGGUUACUGCACGGAGGUGGAGGAGGACCUCAUUGAUGCUGUCACUGGGCUGAGUGGCAGUGGACCGGCCUAUGCAUUCACAGCCCUGGAUGCUCUUGCAGAUGGAGGGGUGAAGAUGGGUCUGCCCAGAAGACUGGCUGUUAGACUUGGAGCUCAGGCACUUUUGGGAGCAGCUAAGAUGCUGCUUGACUCGGAGCAACACCCGGGCCAACUGAAGGACAACGUGUGCUCACCAGGGGGCGCCACCAUCCACGCCCUGCACGUCAUGGAGAGCGGCGGCUUUCGCAGUCUCCUGAUCAAUGCCGUGGAGGCUUCAUGCAUUAGAACAAGGGAGCUGCAGUAUCUGGCAGACCAGGAGCGCAUCUCUCCAGCAGCCAUUAAGAAAACUACACUGGACAAGGUGCUCCAGCAGCCCGGCGUCACAGUCAGCGGAGUGGCUAAUGGGAACGGCAAAUCAGGGCUCAGCCUGUUCAACAAUCGCGGCCCCAAUGUUAAGAAGAAGAACUGAGUACUCUGAGGCAGGCACACACACAAACACAUCACAGAUAUAAGUGCACCAACGCGUACACACAUGGACAUACUUGCAUCUUAUAUCUGAAAUCUCAUUCAAAUCCCUUUUAUAUAAAAGCAAAUAAUUUAUUUGAGUUACAUGCAGACAGUGGACCUGCUGGUGUCAACAUCACAUUAUGCAUAAGCACAGGUGCAUUCUGGGUGCAUUGCCCACAGUUAUAGCCUUAUGUUGUGAUGCAGGAAUACUUACUACACAUUCACACAUCCAGAUGUACACUGAAGAGAAAUAAGUGCAUUUACAAUCUGUUGUCUGUGAUAAGGCUCUAAACUAUCUAGGGCUGUUAAACGGUAAUGACCCAGUGGGGCAUCAUGGGAUCCUGGUACUCACCAGGCAACAGAUGGCUGCUGGGAUAUGGUCAACCUUUUAAUGUUUGUCUUUAAAACAAAAAUGAAGCCACAAUGUAAAUUUACCUGUACCCUUCUGUUGUUUGUGCUAAUAAUUAUAUUUUGUUUGGCUAACCGUUUAUACUGUUAAAUAAGACUGAACAACUGGCUGAACAUGUAAUGACUUUAUUUUUGUUUGUUUUAAUUGUCGUGUACGAACACUAUGGUCGUCAAUGUUACAACAGGGUUUCUAGCACAUUAGGAACAUUGUCCCUUUGAACCUGGGGCACACAAAAUAUCUUUUCUUCAUAUAAAGGUCAUUCCAAGCUUUAAAACAUCUCUGAUGUCAACGGUUUCCUCAGAUCUUUGUUAAUUUUCUGUUUAAUGGGUCUUAAAACCCAAAUGUUUUAUGAUAGAAAGGCACGUUUUUUUUUUUUUCACAUUUUCUCUCAUAAAGCAAUGUGAUGUUACCUAAAAGUCCUACAAGAUAUUAUUUACACAAGAAUAGAUGGCAAUAUAUUCAUAUAGAUAGUGAUGUCACCGCAUUACAUCAGUCCGUCCUAAUUGUAUAUUUAAUUGUAUUUGUUAGAUUUUUUUCCCCCAUCAUGUUUGUGUUGUUCUGUUUAGCAUAUCAACCACUGAGUUGGUGUGCUCGUCAAAAAUUAAUUAUUAAAUAAGCAGAAUCAAAUAAUUU